AGCGUCUGUUAGGGACAGAGGCGGAGGCUGGGCUGAGGGGGCUGUUUUCCUACAGCUGAGGCAGGAGCAGCCUGGGCCUGUCUGAUCUCUGAAGGCCCUGCUGGGCUCAGGGAAAGGCUCCCUUGUUGGCCCCUGCAGAGCCUCUCCCUCCCCAAGCAGCAGCAGCUGCCUUGGCUUCCUGGUGGUGCUUUGCCGGCUGUUGCUGAGGUGUGCGUGUGCUCUGCUUCCUCCCUGCCCUGUGUGCCAGGUGCAGCCCCAGGCUCGAGCCAUGUCGUGCCCUGAGAAGUGCCAGCAGUGCCAGCCCUGCAACCCUUGCUGCCAGCCCUGCGGCCCGACCCCGCUGGCCAACAGCUGCAAUGAGUGCUGUGUCAGGCAGUGCCAGAGCUCCACCGUCGUCAUUGAGCCGCCGGCUGUGCUGGUGACCCUGCCCGGGCCCAUCCUCAGCUCCUUCCCACAGAACACCGUGGUGGGAUCCUCCACCUCCGCUGCCGUUGGCAGCAUCCUCAGCUGUGAUGGAGUGCCCAUCAACUCCGGGGGCUUUGACCUCUCCUGCAUCACCAGCUGCUACCGUGGCAGAUGUCCCCCCUGCUAAAGCCCCUGCAAACCUCCUUGGCCAACAACCUGCAAGACCUCUCAUCAUGCUGCUGCACUGAAAACACAACGCUGGGACAUUGCAUUUAGACUUUAGGGCUCUUGUUUCCUUCUUCUCCUCUCUUCUCUCUCUUCCCUUCCUUUCCUGUCAUCACCACCCAAUGCCACCCUCCUGGGGACUUUUGGCCUCCCUGCCUCUGCAGCCCAGGCAGAGGGACACCCCCCCUGCAUCUUCGGGCCUGCUGCUGGUGCCCUCUGUGAGCCACCUCCUUUGCUUCUUUAGACUCAAUAAAGUUGUUUUGCAUCCAA